AUGGUAUUCAAUGGCGACGAUGCUGACGAAACUACUGCCAUUGGCAUGCCCGUGCUCCAAGGGCUAAACUGGCAGAGGAAGCAGGCCAAUGAUGUGGCUACUGCAGUUAUCGAGUCCACGGCACCAGCUGCCGCAGAGAAAGUCGCAGAAUGGCAGAAGAAUUUGAUGAGGACAACGGCUACCCCUCCAGAUAUCAAUGCGCGUACUCUAACUCCAAGUUCAGCUAAAAAGUUGAAGCUCUAA